UGUGAAAAACUAUUAUAUGAGUUGAAACACAGAUAUCUGUAAUAUAACAAUAUGCGAAUAAAUUUAAUGUUCUCCAGACAUUUGAAAAAUUAAAAUUAAUUAUUAUAAGCCCUUUGUACAAAACAUUAAAAUGUAAAUAAACACUAUGCAUUUGUUUUGAUAUUAUCUUAACUAUAUAUAGAUGACUUUACCUAUUAACUAUCAAUUAUUUAUCUACUGUUUUUGCUUGUGAGUAUAAAAAGUAAUUUAUUUAAUGGACUGUUUUUCCAACAUUCUUUCUGGUACUUCAAAGAAUAAAAAAAUGCAAAAACUUGGCACCCCGGAGACUCCCCGGAAUGUCAACACCUGGCCGGAGUCGGUCCUGAUACCCACACCCAUAAUUGAACAAUGUCAUUGAUCGAUUUUCAAUAUUUUUUUACGAAAAAUUUAUUGAAACUCAAAUCAACAUUGUGAUAUUAAUUUCAAUAAGUUAAAUUUCACUACUAAAUUAAGUCUCAAAUUAAAUUUAAAUCGAGAACUCGUUAGAAGCUUAUAAAUCUUGUUUGUGCAAAAUUUCUAGCAUACUUUAGGGGAUCCGAUCAAAAAGCACUUACUGACAGAAGCUCGCUUCCUAUUGGUCCGCCAAUAGGACGCCCUCAAUCGGCAACCAUUUUGAAAAAACAGCUGAUUGCCAGACCCGUGCUCCGAUCUUUGGGUACUUUCUAAGCUUUCUGUUCGCCUGGUACAUCGAAAUCACAAUUGCCUAGCUUGGCUGCGAAAAAUGUGGGCUGGCUUGAUCGCAAUUCGAUGGGAAAAAGUAGGAUUCAUUGCAUUGAUGACCAGGAGAACAGAAUUCACUAGUAGGUGUCUGAAUUUAGAUUGUUCCCAUUGUCAGGGUCGCAGGCAGAUUUUGGCUAAGGAGGUUAAAUGGGGGCCCUUGACCCCCAAACCCCUCUUUCAGCGGACUACGCCUAUGUGUGCCUUGGACAGAACUAACGGUUGUUUAAAGAACAUCCCAAAUUUUACCAUGACGCUUACUAAGAAUUAUGUUCGCCUGGUGCUUUAAAAUGAAAAAUCUUCGAUUUGCCAACCAACAAACUCAAUUUUUCCCAGUCAAACCUGGCGAUUUAUGAUUUUGAAACACCAGGCGAACAGAAAGCUCAGAAAGUGACCAACGAUUUUAGCAGGUUUCUGGCGAUCAGCUGUUUUAUUCAAAAUGGCUUCCGACCAAGAGAAUCCUAUUUGCCAGCCAAUAGGAAGCGAGCAUUUGUCAGUGAGCGCCAUUUUAAUAAAUCCCCAAAAGAUGCAAUUAGUUUGGCAGCGAAACAGACUUAUUGCAUACAGCACUUAUUGAUUUCUAUUGCAAGCCCAACGAACAGUUCCCUAUUUUAACAUUUAGAACUGUAGCUAUGGGCAUCUAAGUUCAAGAGAAAAAAACUACUUAGCAACUUAGCCCUUGUUACUAUGGUAAAAUAUGUACACAGUAAACCUUUUUGUUGGACUAAUACAUCGAAAAUAUACUUAUAUUUUAAAGUCUUGCGAUGGAGCCAGCUAAAGUAAUUGGAAAACUGAAGGAGCAAGUGCGUAUGGAACACAAUUCGCGCCGGAGUUUUCCAAAAGUCUGGGCCCAAAUAUCAGACAAGAAAACUAACAAAUUCUACCACCAAAAUGAGAUUGAUUCUCAAUUAAGUGACCAGCUUAAGCUUAAAGGUAAAUGCCCGUUUAGAUUUACAAACCUCUUGAUCUACAAAGGUAUCCACAUAGACUUGUGCUCCUUCCUACACAACAACCAGGGCGAAUGCAGAUUCGUAUCUCCAGAGAUGUACCAAAACUUAUUGGCUGUGUGUCGUUGCGGUCGAGCUCGGCAAGGCCAUCAUGUGGGCAAAUGCCUACAGAGAGCGUUAAGUCCAGAUUACGAGCGAUCCGGGAUACAGAAAAGCCCUCAAGAAUCGUAUCACCCGUUGAGAGUGCCUUGCACUUCAAACUCUAGCAUUGGUUUUGUUGGAAUCUCGAAAAGCUAUCAAAAGCUCGAGCGUUCUAUGCAGUAUGUUUCUCCUGCCUACUCAAUGCGGGGACCUCGAGUAACAGCAGUCCCAUACCACAAUAUAAUUAUUGGCUAAGAUAUGCAUGUAUUAUAAAGUUGCUUGUAGGGAAUUACCAAACUAGAUUUUCGAUGACUCAAAUAGGGAACUUCCAAUGGUUCCACUACCUCCCUAGCAGACUCAACUAGUACAAAAACAAACUUAAAAAAUGUAUAGCGGUCAUCUUAUAGAACUGGAAUUUCCAGAAACCUGUGUUCAGUGGCGUUACCAUUUUAUUCGCAUAUAGUAAAUGUUAUAUAUACAUUUAUUGAAAUAUAAUAACAUUAGUAAAUAUGAUUUUAAAUAAAUUUUGCGCACCUACUGCAAAUGUUAUCACACCCCCCUUUAUCGAGCGCUACAAACGCCACUGCUUUUUUUAUAUAUGUAUAUUGUAUAAUGACAUACAGACAUCUGAUUAAAUGCAUUCGAUUUUUAA